CUAUUUUUUAUCCUUAAAGAUCUGCUAACAUAUUGGGUUCUCGCUCUAAAUCUCCCCAUCCUCCAACAACUUUUGAACCCACUUACCCCGCCACCUUCCCUCAAAAAACGCACACAGAGUCACACAGGAUCCAAGAAACAUGGCAACCAGCUCAAUUUCUAGUGCAGCAAAAAAUCUCAUCAAUUUCAGUACGAGAAAUGUUGAUUCCCAGAAAAAAUCAAUCUUUUCAAAGCACCUUUCAUUCUCCAAUUCAUCCAUUUCGCUUCAAAAACUUUCACUCUUUAAAGGUUCCCAUUUUUCAAGAAAAUUGCAAAAAACACCAAUAUCUAAUGUCCUCGAAACUGUCGAAUCAAAGUCCGAUUUGUUGUCAAGAACCCGGGAUCCCGGCAACUUAGUCAAAACUGAAAGGCCAACAAUCCUUGUCUCCGAAAAACUCGGAGAAGCGGGUCUGGAUUUGCUAAGAACUUUCGGGAAUGUUGAGUGUUCGUAUAACUUGUCCCCUGAUGAAUUGUGCGCCAAGAUCUCGUUGUGUGAUGCGCUGAUUGUGAGGAGUGGGACUAAGGUUACGCGGCAAGUUUUUGAGGCGGCGAAGGGGCGGCUUAAGGUGGUUGGUAGGGCGGGUGUUGGCAUUGAUAACGUGGAUCUGCAGGCGGCGACGGAAUUUGGGUGUCUUGUGGUCAAUGCCCCCACCGCCAACACCAUUGCUGCGGCGGAGCAUGGCAUUGCUUUACUUGCUUCCAUGGCGCGUAAUGUUGCACAAGCUGAUGCUUCCAUGAAAGAUGGUAUGUAUAUAUUUUAAUUCUUUUGAGUGUUC